UUUAGGUUAUAGUGGCACCAGUGGAAGGUAUCGAAAAUGGCCGCUGUAAUAUCUGUAUUCUAGGAUCACCUUGGGGUUGCUAACGCUAAGUUUGAAAUUCCUGAGACGGAAUUGUGAAUAGUUGCAAGAUGUCAAAAGCCAAAAUUUUAUUAGUAGGACCAUGCGGCGUCGGGAAAUCUGUGGUAGCAAAUUUUUUAUCAGAUCAGACUGAUAUUUUGAACAGUAAAUAUCGUCCAACGAUUGGGGUGAGAAUUCUUGAGUUUGAAACAUCACUCGGCAAUAGCCUGAAUGUCGAUGUCGAGUUAUGGGACUGCAGCGGAAGUGAAAGCUUUGAAACAUGCUGGCCUGCAAUGGCUUCUCAAGCAGAUGGGGUGAUCAUUGUCUAUGACCCGCUCAUGAAAGAGCCAAGCCCGGCCGUAGAGACUUUAGUCAAUUAUUUCAUCACAAGUAACGGAUUAAAAGAGAUGCAAUGCAUGUUGUUUGCUAACAGUAAAGGAAGAGAAUCAACUACAGUAACCUCUCCACUACCAUCUGUAUUAAACUAUGAAGUUAACUUGGAAAAACACCCAGGAGAAGUUAUGGACAACUUUAAAGAUUUUUUAAAGAAAGUUUUUAAUAAAUUAUCUGCAUCACAAGAAAGAGAAGAACUUGAUAUAAUAAAUUGAUGUGUGGUUAUCUGUAACUACAUUGUUCAUUUUUAAUCUGGGCUGAAAACUUGAACUUGGUAAGGAUACAUUAAGCUCAAGUAACAAACUUUUAACUUACUCUUAAAAUUUAAAGGUUAAAGGGGCAUACCAAUGAAAAACGAAAAUUUGUAUUUGGUAAUGUUCAAAUGCAAUAUUCAAAUGCAAUAAAAGUAUCAUCAAAGGUAAAAUAAACAACUUUAUAAAAAAUACAAGAAAAGUGGUGUUUGAGCAACAGUAAAUAUAAAACUUCAUACAAUCAAAAAACUAAAACAUAAUAGAGUCUAUGAGUUCCAUUUUUUUACUUAAUUACAAAUAUGUUUUGCUAUUUUUUUCGGGAGCUGAUCCGUUGUUUACAUUUGAGCAUUUCUAUCGGUACACAAAUUUUGAUUUUUUGUUGGUAUGUUUUUUUAAAGUGCUAAAAUCCCAUUUACAUUUCUAUUCUAUAGGAUAUUAGAUAAGUUAUAUUAUGAUAAACCAAACUACAGUUGAUUACAUUGCAAAUUAUUGCGCUUUCCCAUGUUAUCAAGUUAUUGUACUAAAUAUUUUUAUCUACUUAGUGAUUAGUGAAGAAAUAAUUUUUUUAUUAUUAAACCCUUUAAUCAUUGUUGCAGUUUCACUGUUUUGUGAAAUUAUACGUUUGGAUUUAAGUUGCUUUGUAAUAAAUUCUAUGCUAGA